UACCGAACCGCCCCCCGGACUGCUAGAACCCACCCCCCUCAGUGUGCUGGUGAGGAGCUCCACUACCAGCGUCAACCAGUCCUCUCACCUGAGCUCCAACAGCAGUAAUGGCCGCCAGCAUCUAGUCCAAGACAGUCACUUGUGGAAUGGACCGAAGCGUACUCCAGAACCCGUCCUCCGACGCGGACGCCGUCUGCUGAGGAGAGCACCAAUGUGAAAAAAAGCCGCAUUGUAUUCCAAUCAUGUUCGACACCGACGGACCGCAGUGACCUGUCGUGGGGGAGAGCGGUGAGAUUUUAGGGGAGACAUGGCUCGUCUGCUGGUUCUGAUCCACUCGGCGGUCCUGUUGCUCUUCGGGAGCGACAUGUUCCUGGUGGGAGCAAACCGACCGCCAGCCCCCGUCAACGUGUCCGUCAUGUACCUCCGAGCCGACUCAGCAACUGUAUCCUGGGAAGUUCCGGAGGGAGAUAUAAUAAUUGGCUUCUCCAUCUCGCAGCAAAGGCAGGACGCGCACAUGCAGAGGUUCAUCCGGGAAGUGAACACCACCAGUCGCUCUUGCGUCCUCUGGGACCUGGAGGAGGAGACGGACUACAUCAUCCAAGUGCAGUCCAUCGGACUUUACGGAGAAAGCCAAGCGAGCAAGAAGGUCCACUUUCGUACGCUCAAGAAGACGGACCUCUUCCCUUCCAACAGUUCCAAUCAAGAUGACCCCACUGUGCAGGGCCUGGACAGGUCCAGACAUCUGCAGACAGGAGAGGUCAUCAUCAUCGUGGUGGUCUUGGUCAUGUGGGCUGCCGUCAUCGCCCUAUUUUGCCGCCAGUAUGACAUCAUCAAGGACAACGACUCCAGCAACAAUAAGGAGAAGGUCAAGCCGUCGUCGGAGAGGAGCACGCCGGAGCAUCACAGCGGAGGGCUGCUGAGGAGCAAGUUCCACCCCUCCGUGCCGUCCAUCAACAUCAUCGAAGUGUGACAAGAAGAAGAAGAUAUAUUAGGUAAACCUGCACAUCUAAUGAGAUUCAAGACAAGAGAAUACAAAACUACAAAUAUAUUACCGGCUUAUUUGUGUGCUUUGAGCAUUGCUAUGUCUGCAAAGGCACACUUUUUCAAAGUGGAUCUCAUUUAGCUCAUUCAGGUGUACCUAAUGUUGUGUCCGGUGAGGGUAGAGUCUCUCCUCUCCAUCAUUGUCCUUCUAGAGUAGGGGUGUCCACAUUUUUUCCGUCGAGGGCCGCAUACUGAAAAUCAAAGGAUUCAAGGGUUAGUUCAAGGGACACUUUAUUCAUGUUAUGAAGUUAUGACCCACUUUUAUUCAAAGGGGACCUGUUAUGCUCAUUUUUUGACCCUUUGUAUCGAGUUGUGGACUCCUAUAGAGCAGCUACAUACAAUAACCCGCACAGAAAACUUUUUAGAUUUUGCAGAAUCUGCACCUAUUCCAAAACAGUCCGUUUUCAUUUAUUGCACGCCCACUCCGCUCUGAUUGGCCACACGCCCAAAGUGCUUCUUAACUAUGAACCAUAUAAGGAAGUCCGCCCCUCUGUGAUGUCACAAAAGAACGGUUUUACCACGCCUUUUCAAACCGAGCAUUUUGAGCCAUCUCAAAAUUCUUUUAGGGCUCACUUCCAAAUGUGCAAAACUAAUUAGCUGAAACUUUGGUAUCGUUUAACACAAGAAUACAACACUCUAACUACUACAUGUAUAGGUCAGAAAAGUGGAAAAAUCAUAACAGGCCCCCUUUAAAUCAUUUUUUAUUUUUACGUAUUACUUAUUAUUUUUACUUAUUUACUUAUUACAUAUAUUUUUAAACUGUGUUAUUUUUCUGUUUUAAAUUUGUUUUACACAUUUAUUAAUGUUCAUUCAUUUUUAGUUUUAUUAUUUAUUUUUAUAUUGGAUUUUUGUAUUGUAUUUCGAUUUUUUAUAUGUAUUUAAAUUAUUUUCUUUUUGUUACACUUUUAUUGAAGCCAUUAAAACAUUUUUAAUCAUUUUUUUAAACUUUUCAUUUAACUUAAUUUAUUAAUUAUUUUUACACUCGUAUUGAAGUCAUUUUAAUGAUUUUUUGCACUUUUAUUUGAGUCACUUGUAUUUGUAUUACUUUUACACAUUUCAAAUAAAUUUUUAUAUUUAGUCCAUUUAUUUAUUUAGUUUCAUGUAUAUUUUUCUACUUUUACUUAAGUCAAAAGUAGGAAAAGGGACAUUAGAAGUGACAAGUGAGAGAGUUGUUUGGGACAGCAUGCAUGCAAAGAGAAUAGAUGGGGAAAACAUGAUACAAACAUCUACUGUAGACGACUAGAUGAGCAAAAAUGUUGCAAUACGACCACAACACAAUCUCUGGGAGGCCAUCAGUGAAAUUAAGCAUUGUAUUUUUGAUAUUGGCAUGUGCUGUUUAGACAAAGUAGAACACUUUAUAGAAUAGAACGCCUAAGCACCCAUGUAUUGUAUAUGAAUAUGUGUUAAUGAGAGAAUAACAAUGGAUGUACAGUACAUAUGUUACACUACUCUGUUAGACGUGCAUGCAAAGCUUCUGCUGGUAGCGUAGCAAGCAGGAAGCCACAAUGUUAACGUCCAUACAGUAACCUUUUUAAACCUGUCCCAAAUUGUAAUCAGUGCUCUUCUUCCAAUAGAAACUACAUGAGUGUCUCAGGUACAACAGUUCAUGUUCUCACUGCAGACUUUUGCAGUCUGUUACCAUGGCAACAUGCUGCUUAUCCACUACGGCUCCAUGCAUGCCACAGAUACGCCUAUGAAGCAAACAAUAGGUGGGACGGUGAGGAAGGGCUGCGACUGUUUUAAAGCGCAUGGGAUAAGACGAUUAGCGAAAAUGUGAAGUUGUAUUGUAUAAACACCUUCAAAUCUUUAUGCAGUUCUUUAUGGCGAUUUUGCUCACUUUUAUUUAAAAUAAAUAAAUGAAUAAAAACAUAUUAAAAGAUAAUACACUAAAAUAGAUGCUUUAUGGAAUUAAUAAAUGCACCAUAACCUACUGCAGUCAAUGGGAAUAAACCUGAAAUUUCAUGUUAAUAAUUGGUAAUCAUUUAUUACAGUAAUUGAUACCAGACGUGACCAUGAUAAGUAUAAUUCCUUAUUUAUAAGUGGAAUAUUUUCAGUUACUGCAUAGAAAACCUGUUUACGAUUUUCUAAAUAUCAUUUUGAACAGUAUUAGAGCCCUCUAUAUGUGAAAUAACACCCCUAUAGUCACCUUUACACUCCUGUUACCCAAUAUAGUAGACAUAAUAUGAGAAAAUAAGCGAUUACAGACAUAAAUAAGACUCGUGUUCAUUUGUGUCGAUGUAAAUGUGUUCCUGCGCUAGGGGAGCUGGAGCUCUGGGGUUCAGAGUUGAGUUUUGGGUUACAGCAGCGAGGGAUUAUUGUCUGUUGUGAGAUCAUUCAAACCUGCAAUAAA